GGAUUCUUUAAAGAAAAUCAGUUACAACUAAACGUCUAUAUCGAACAGUUCAGUUGAAAACCGACGGAAAAUGAAAUUCAUCUUUGUUCUUAUUGCAGUUAUUGCUGCGGUCGCUGCAGAUGAUAUCUACUCUGCCGAUCAGAUUCAAAAAUUGAAAACUUUGACCUCUGAAUGCGAAACCAGCAGUAAGGUUGCCCAUGAAAAAAUCUCUGAAUUCAGAAAUAAACAUUUCGACGACAACGAUGAACACCUCAAGGAAUAUAUGUUCUGCGUUUUCAAGAAACUCCACUGGAUGGACGAUGAGGGUGUCGUUCAAAAAGAUAAUAUCAAGAAAGAUAUCCAAGACAACAAAAAAAGCGCUGAAGCCAUGAAAGCCUGCAAAGGAACGGGAGGUAGCACCCCAGCCGAACAUGCAUACAAUAUUUACAAAUGUUACAUGCAACAUCUUCCAGCCGAUUACAAAUACCCAUUAUAAAUAAUUAAUGGUUAUAAAUAUUUUGAUAUUAAAAAAAUUAUCGCAAUGAAUAAAUAAAUGAAUAAA